AUGGAUGCAAUAGGCGAAAUUGGUAUCAACCGCGCGGAAUUGCAAAUGCUACUAUUUGCGGACGACACAGUCAUUGUUGCAGAAAGCCCUCAAUCGUUGCAGAAUCUGCUAAACGAUCUCGUAGCGAGGACAAAGACAAUCGGGCUUACAGUUACCAUCAGUAAAGCCAAACGGAUGAACAACGCCUAUUGCCUUCGGUUCGACGUGAGGCUGGACAAAGAAUCUAUAGAACUUGUAAACAACCAUACCUACUUUGGGCGGGUAGUGCAGAUGAACAACGAGUUGGGCAAAGAAACUGCGAGAAGGAUAAGAAAAGGAUGGAUAAUGUUCGCCAUAUUCCACGAUAAGAAGAAUACUUCAUCUGCAAAAGCAGCAGUUUACAUUUCGACCGUUCUACCAGCCAUGUUAUAUGGGUGCGAGACGUGGAACGCCAGCUCGCUGAAGAAUGGAAAUUAG